UUGUCAACAACUGGACCGCACGGGAGGCGUGUGCAGUGAUUAGGCAACGCAUAUAGAGUGAGACUGCGAAGAGGAUGAGUGAUAUGAUUUGCAAGUGAGGGCACGGCGAGCCAGUUUUUUAAAAGUUCUCUUUCAGGGUGGGAAUUUACAUAUUAACUGAAUCUCGGUGUUUUGCGACUAUCGGGACCGACUGUUAAAGCAACAGAAUAUGAACACAAGCGACGCCAAAGAGUACUUGUCGAAGCGAGAAAUCCCUCAACUCUUUGAGAGCAUGCUGACAGGGCUGAUGUAUCACCGGCCCGAGGACCCACUGGGGUACCUGGAGAGCUGCCUGCAGAAAGCACGUGAGCUGGGAGGCCCUGAGAGGGUGCGCUGGGACACCUUCAUCACACAGGACCGCCAGCCCCUGCCACCCAUCAACGGGGGCCAGAGCAAGAAGACCGUCUUCAGAGCAGAGCCAGCCCCUCUAAGCCCCUAUAGGCGGUAUGAACGCCUGCCUCCCAUCCAGGCUCAGUUCUCCAUCGAGAGUGACUCGGAUAUGACAGAAUCCACCGGACUCAUCCAGGAGUACGACGUCUUCGAUCCCUCCAAACCACGGCCGCCCAUCAUCUUCGUCGUCGGUGGGCCUGGCAGUGGAAAAGGCACACAGACUGCCAAGAUGGCACAGCGCUACGGUUUCAUGUGCGUCUCUGUGGGAGAGAUCCUGCGCAACCAGAUGCUACAUCACGCCCCCAGCGACAGGAAGUGGGAGCUGAUCGCAAAAAUCAUCGCCAACGGAGAGCUCGCUCCCCAGGAGACGACGAUUGAGGAGCUCAAGCAGCAGUUCAUCAAGCAUCAGGAUGCGAAGGGCUUCAUCGUGGACGGCUUCCCGCGGGAGAUCGCACAGGCCUUCACCUUCGAGGAGCAGAUCGGCUCUCCUGACCUGGUGGUGCUCCUGGCCUGUUCGAACCCUCAGCUGCGACAGCGCCUGGAGAAGCGAGCGUCUCAGCAGGGUCGCCCUGACGACAACACCCACGCCAUUGAGAGGAGGCUGGAGACCUUUAAACAGAACAUCGGCCUCAUCGCCAAGUACUACCAGGAGAGGACGCUCAUCGUGCGGAUCGAUGCUGACCGGGAGGAGGGUGAUAUUUUCGCCGAUAUCAGUGCCACAGUCGAAGAGAGGCUGUUCCCCAAGGGAAUCAAAGUGGAAGACCCUGUGCAGUUUAAACAUAUAGGAUGCUUUGUGAGUGUGAGGUCUACACUGUCAGCCCCAAUAGGGGUUUCAAUUGAACAGACCCACUGUGUUAGGUCCCACAAUCACAGAUACAGGUUUACAGGUUUCACAGACCCUGAUCCUCUGCAGGAGCAGUACGAAGAAGAAGAGGGCGAGUUUGACAAUGCCGAGAGGCAGGGAGAGUAUGAUUACUCAGCCCACACCACAGGAUCGGGUUCCCAGAGAGAAGCUGCUGCUGCCUGGCUUGUGAUCCAGGCUAUGCCACCCACACUGGUAGCAGUUCUAUUUGUUUCUGACAACAUUUGCUCUGGAGAAAAGAAAAGCAAGGAGAGAGAAAAGAGGAAGUCGGCCAUCAAAAUGGGAAACAGUUGUUGUUCUGGUUUAGCGACAAAGGUUGGGUCUGUCUCCGAACCAGAUAAACUGAAGAACAGCAAGAUCAUCUUCGUAGUCGGUGGUCCCGGCUCUGGCAAAGGCACCCAGUGCGAAAGGAUCGUUCAGAAGUAUGGCUACACCCACCUGUCCACCGGUGACCUGCUCAGGGCAGAGGUCAGCUCAGGCUCAGAGAGAGGCAAGAAGCUGUCCGCCAUUAUGGAGAAGGGCGAGCUCGUCCCCCUGGACACUGUUCUGGACAUGCUGAAGGACGCCAUGAUCGCCAAGGUUGACGUCUCCAAGGGCUUCCUGAUCGACGGCUAUCCCCGCGAGGUCAAGCAGGGAGAGGAGUUUGAGAAGAAGAUUGGUGCACCCACUCUGCUGCUGUACAUUGAUGCCGGUGCUGAAACCAUGGUGAAGAGGCUUAUGAAGCGCGGAGAGACCAGUGGCCGCGUGGAUGACAAUGAGGAGACCAUCAAGAAGCGCCUAGACACCUACUACAAGGCCACCGAGCCUGUCAUCGCCUUCUACGAGGGCCGUGGCAUCGUCAGGAAGAUGAAUGCAGAGGGCAGUGUGGAUGAUGUCUUUGGCCAAGUCUCCAAAGCUCUUGAUGCCUUGUAGUAAACCAGACGAGGAGGAGGACAGGGGAGGAACCGCCUUUCCAGGAACACAACAAUGAGUCGGACGCAAUUCAGUGAAAGACCUUAAGAGACAAUCUUUGCCUUACCGCAGCAACCCUAACCAUUGCACAGACCCUGAUCAAGAACCGGAGAGCCGCGGCACAAUAUAAAAUAAGCAUGCACACAUACACGCAGGGGGUUGAUUUUGGACUUUGAGUAUUUAUCUGCACAUCUGUAAUUACUUAAGUGAAAAAUGCAGCCAUGAACAAAGGAUAGACCAUAAGAAGUGAAAGGAUUCCACCCCCCAACACAACAUAUUUUAACGUGAUGGUCAUGGAUUAUAUAGGUGGUGUGAAUAGGCUAUUAAAUGCCUUCAGAUGAGAGGUGUUCAGUGUGUUGAUUACAAGCAAAGAGUACUCGGAUUGCUGCCACUGUCCUGAGCAUUUUACUACCACUGCCAAUUAAAAAUACCCUUUAAUCUUU